UACACAUACGUAAACCCUAUGAUUAGCUGUGCUGGGCAUCGCAGGCUAUCCACAUUUGGAAAGCGCAAGAGAGACGCGCACAUGUUACCGGCUGGACGUUGCCAAACCGAAUCGACUAGCCUAGCUCGCUACCGUAUUACUCAGUGAUUCUCACCUAAGCUCCCAGAUUGUCCGAGAGUUGCUGCAGUCGAUGCUGCAGUUUUAUUCUCUUACUACGCCGGUUUGUGUGCUGCGACAGCAGACUCGAUGAGAAAGACAUGCUUGCGUUCGUCCUCGUUUCUGGGUCUAUCUGGAUUAUAUUAGAUGUUUGAACACACCCUCCACCAGUGACAACAUCACAAAGAUGUAUGAAGGAGCUGAGUUCCACGCUGAUGGAGAGGAUGCAGGCCCAGGAGCUGUUGCGGACCCUGCGGCUGCCCGAGCUGGACGAGUUCAGCCAGUUCUUCCGCUCCCUGCCCACCUCUGCCCUGGUGGGCAUCGGCGCCCUGACCGCCAUCCUGGCCUACUGGCUGGCCACCCGCCCCCGUGCCAUCAAGCCUCCCUGCGACCUCCGGCACCAGUCGCAAGAAAUAGAGCAGGAGGACGGGGCACGCAGGUCCAUGCUGGGGGACAGCUCCAAACUGCUCACGCACUACCACGAGGACGCCAAGACCAUGUACGAGGUGUUCCAGAGGGGCCUUCACAUAGCCGGUGACGGACCCUGCUUAGGGUCUCGAAAACCCAAUCAGCCAUAUAAGUGGCUGUCCUACAAAGAGGUCACAACCCGGGCCGAGCACCUCGGGUCAGGGCUACUGUAUCAGGGCUGCAGGCCAUGCUCGGAUCAGUUCAUUGGAGUCUUUGCACAAAACCGGCCAGAGUGGAUCAUCUCUGAGUUGGCCUGUUACACCUAUUCCAUGGUAGUGGUGCCACUUUAUGACACCCUUGGACCAGACGCUAUUCGCUACAUCAUCAAUGUCGCCGAAAUCUCCACGGUGAUCUGCGACAAGCCGGAGAAGGCCCAGGUGCUCCUGGAAAACGUGGAGCGGAAGAACACCCCCGGCCUGAAGCGGGUGAUCCUCAUGGACCCCUUCGACCCCCUCCUCCUGGAGCGGGGCGAGGAGUGCGGGGUGCAGGUUCAGGCCCUUCAGGACGUGGAGGCUUUGGGCCGAGAUCACCACAGAGGCCCCCUGCCUCCUCAACCGGAUGAUCUAUCCAUCGUGUGUUUCACCAGUGGAACCACAGGGAACCCUAAGGGCGUGAUGCUGACCCAUGGCAACGUGGUGGCGGAUUUCUCGGGGUUCCUGAAAGUGACUGAUAAAGUCAUCUUUCCCAACCAGGACGAUGUGCUCAUCUCCUUCCUGCCCCUCGCGCACAUGUUUGAGAGACUCAUAGAGUCCGUAGUCUACUGCCAUGGCGGAAGGAUUGGUUUUUUCCAAGGAGACAUCCGACUUCUUUCGGAGGACAUGAAGGCCCUGCGGCCCACCAUCUUCCCCGUGGUUCCCCGCUUGCUCAACCGAAUGUACGACAAGAUCUUCAGCCAGGCCAACAGCCCGGCCAAGCGCUGGCUGCUCAACUUCGCGGCCAAGAGAAAAGGCGCGGAGGUGCAGAGCGGGGUCAUCCGCAGCGACAGCCUGUGGGACAGGAUCUUCUUCAGCAAGAUACAGGCCAGCCUGGGCGGGAGGUUGCGGAUGAUCGUGACAGGGGCCGCCCCGACCUCUCCCACCGUUUUGGGGUUCCUGAGGGCCGCCCUGGGCUGUCAGGUGUACGAGGCGUACGGGCAGACUGAGUGUACGGCCGGUUGCACCUUCACCACCCCCGGAGACUGGACCUCAGGUCAUGUUGGAGCACCCCUUCCCUGUAACCUGAUAAAACUGGUGGACGUGGCUGACAAGAACUACUUUGCCUCUAAAGGAGAGGGAGAGGUGUGUGUGAAGGGACCCAAUGUGUUCAAGGGCUACCUCAAAGACCCGGAGAAGACCGCGGAGACGCUGGACUCAGACGGAUGGCUCCACACUGGAGAUAUCGGCAAAUGGUUGCCUAACGGCACGUUAAAGAUCAUCGACAGAAAGAAGCACAUUUUCAAGCUGGCUCAGGGGGAGUACAUCUCGCCGGAGAAGAUCGAGAACAUCUACAUCCGCAGCGAGCCCAUAUCUCAGCUCUACAUCCACGGAGACAGCCUGCAGUCUUGCCUGGUGGGAAUUGUAGUUCCAGAUCCUGAGGUGAUGCCACCGUGGGCCAGGAAAAGGGGCCUUGAGGGUUGUUUUGGAGAUCUAUGUAAAAACCAGGACUUGAAGAAGGCCAUCAUGGAGGACAUGGUGAAGCUUGGCAAGGCCAGUGGACUCCACUCGUUCGAGCAGGUCAAAGAUAUCUAUGUCCACAGUGAGCUGUUUUCCAUUGAUAACGGAUUGCUGACGCCCACACUGAAGGCGAAGAGACCGGAGCUGAAAGAGUACUUCAAGGGAGAGAUCGAGCAGCUGUACUCCAACAUCUCAAUGUAACCCCAUCAAAUGAAUGACCUGGUUUCUAGGACCUGUAGCAAUAUUGCUGUAACGGUAACCAUUUGUCCUUAACUUCCCAUCAAAACAAAAAAAGAAAAAAAGAAAAAAAAAGAAAAGAAAAAAAACUGACAACACCAAGUAAUUCCACAGUGGGUCGCGGCUGAAGAAAAGAGCUCAUUUUCGUUUGUGUUCGUCCUGCGCAACGAGAGCUGCAGCCCUGGGGGAUUCUGGGAGCAUGAAGACUUUAAAAAAAUAAAUAAAUAAAUAGAUAAAUAAAAUAAAAAAACAGAAACAAAUUAGACCCGAAACAACAGCAGCAGCCAAAAAAAACAAACAAACAGCCUGCAUAGACCUCAUUGUGUGUGUCGGCCAAAAGAAAAGAAAUGAAGAAGAAAAAAAAAAACAUUACGAAAACAAAGAAAUGAUUUGUACUUGAUCCGCAAGGUUUUUCUUUUCCUGUGAACUCUCGACUGUGUCUGGUGAAGGCCAGUGCAUGCCAUGGUCUCCUCAGAGCGGCAGCAGACCCCAGCGCCCCCUCCGGAGGUCUCAGGAGGCGUGUCCCGGGGCGGCUAAUGCGAAGCCAGCAGUCACCGCAGUCAGCUGUUACCCGACAAGACUUUCUUGCGUAGUCUGCGUAGGUCUGCGGGCUCCAGCACGCGACGAUCAAUCCAACACGACGCAGGCAUAGAGUUUGACCUUUGGGGUUUUUUUUUUUUUUUUUUUUUUUUUUUUGUGUAGACCUUUGUAAUUGGUUUUGACUUUGUUUUAAAGCCCAAAGAUGUAUUACUUUUAUGUACAUAUUGAGUGAGAUUAGAUGUAACUAUAUUUAAAGCGAUGGAUUGAAAGGGUUUUUACUUAUUUAUUUAUUUAUUUAUUUAAUUAAUUAAUUUAUUUUUUUGCGUGUAGUGAGAAAAUAAUUGUACCAUUAUUUAAUCUUCUGUCAGAUGGAAUCAGCACCUUGUAACACAUACUUCCAGCAAUAGGGAUGGGUGAGAAUGGGUUGGACAAAUAAAUAAAGAGAAAUUCUGGAACAAUCAUACAAGAUUUUAAUUUAUUCUUUGCAAUGUUUCAAUUACAAGCAAUGUAAAAAUUCUGGGACACCUUUGCAGGAAGUAUUUAAGUAGUGCAAGAAUCUAUUCCAUCAAUGUGAACAAUUCUACCAAUGAACCACAGUUCACUUAUUGUACUGUUCCUCUCAUCUACACAUUCUUAAAACCCUUUGAAUACUAGAUGACUAGGUUUUUUGGAAUGUUUUUAUUUUUAAAAUUCUAAGUCAGUGUUCUAGAACUUAAUUUCUUUUAAUUGGCCACCUAGCUAACACAAACAUUCUCGCAGUGUUGCUGCCAACGCGCUGCCAAUGUUACGGGCAUUGACAAAACAUUCCAGUAACAUUACGAGAACGUUUUGUGUUAACUGAGCAGUAGUGAUUGUCACAUCAAUCAUUCGAAUGUUCAGUUAAGGACAUUCUGCGCACAUAUAUGUGAUCUCACAACUUAAAGGGUUUAAAAAU